CAAACGUCCCGCUAACGGGCACCGGAAUAAGUGGGUUUUUGAAUUGGGUAAAAAUUGAGCUAAUUUAAGUGAAAGAUACAGGAUAAAGGAAAGGCCGAACACCCAUCUUGGCUACGGGCUUUGCAAUUUCGGGUUUUCAGUCGGGACUAACCUACCAGACGGACACCUCACGCGAGAUCGACGAAACCGUAACGCUGCGUCUGGCGUGGCUACCAGAGGCCGGGAGGUGGGGUCUGAGGUGCCCGUGGGCGCCUGCAUGCUCCUCACGCUGGGACCUAGAGUGUCUGAGAGGCUCGAGAUGCUGGCCAUGCUGGCGAGGGUCAAAGCUUUGUGGCGAACAGGCUUUAUAUGCGGCCUGGGCGGCGGGAGGGAGCUGUGGACCGGCCGCCUGAAGUCAGAUAUUGACAAUGUGAAGCCAUUGGAGGGUGUAAAAAUUCUGGAUCUAACAAGAGUACUGGCUGGACCUUUUGCUACUAUGAAUUUAGGAGAUCUUGGAGCAGAGGUUAUAAAAGUGGAAAGACCAGAUGUAGUUAAUAUUUCAAAUAAGAGUAUAGCUGUUAAUAUCAAGGAUCCAAAAAGAGUGAAAAUCAUCAAAGAGCUUGCAGCUGUUUGUGAUGUAUUCAUGGAAAACUAUUUCCCUGGCAAACUGUCUGCAAUGGACCUUGGAUACAAAGAUAUAGGCAAGAUUGCUCCUUAUAUCAUCUAUUGUUCCAUCACAGAUGAAAGAAGUCCUCAAAGGAAAAUGUUUUGCGAAGCCAGUAGCUCUUCUGUGGUGAAGCUCUUCUGUGGUGAAGCUGCAGAGUCAAGCAAAUUGAGAGAAGAUGGCCGCGGAAUAGGACAAAGGAUUCUCCUUCCCCCUACGCAUGGGAGAAAAACCGGCCUGAUCUGUGGAGGAGUACAGCAAAUAGCCAACAGUGACCCAGCAUAUAGGAAAAUAGGAGUCCAGAAAUUGGAGCGAACACUGAAUGACCAGAUGGUGGCAUGUUUAACCCAGGUAGCUGCUAAUUAUCUUAUUGCCCAAAAGGAAGCAGAACGUUGGGGCACAGCUCAUGGCAGUAUUGUUCCUUACCAGGCUUUAAAAACCAAAGAUGGGUAUCUUGUAGUUGGAGCAGGAAAUAGCCAAGAGUUUGCUACCAUGUGCAAGAUCUUGAACUUGCCUGAAUUGAUUGAUGACUGCAAGUAUAAAAUUAACCACCUUUGGGUACAGAACAGAAAAGAGCUUAUUAAAAUACUAUCUGAAUGGUUUGAAGAAGAAAUGACCAGCAAGUGGUUAUACCUCUUCGAAGGCAGUAGGGUACUGUAUGGUGCAAUAAACAAUAUGAAGAAAGUAUUGGCAGAGCCUCAGAUAUUACACAAUGGCCUCAUUAUGGAACUAAAACUUCUGACUGUGGGAAAGAUAUCAGUCCCACAGCCAGCACUGUGAUACAGUAAGUUCAAAAUGUCAGAGGCCAGGCCACCUCCCCUGCUUGGGCAGCACACACAGUACAUCCUGAAGGAGACCCUCAGAUAUGAUGAGAGGACAAUCCAUGAGCUGCUCAGGACCUUAGUAAUGAGCCAACCUGAAACCAAAUGA